CUUACUCAGUGCGUACCGUACGGUGUUCCUUGCCGAGAGCGUUUAUCCGACGCGCCGGGCUCCCCAGGGAACGCGGAACGCGUCGUCGCCGGGGAAGAGAGUGCCAGAGGAAGCAUCGUCGAGGCCUAACCUCGCCGUUCGGCGGUCCAGGGCGACUCGCUUCGGAUCCUGGCUACGUAGGCGCUAUGGUAUUCUCCGAGGAUGCGUCUUGAAAGGAGGGUGCGCUACCGUUCGAUCGACAGUCGGAUACGUGCCAGUUGAGGUUAGGGUGCGAACGAGAGCGAACCGUUGCCACCGGCUGUGAAUCUUCCAGCGGUUGGAUCUAAUUUCACACCUCGGAACAUCUCGACUUAAUUGACUUCGUUCGAUGUCCCGGACUCGCUGAGUCCUGGUUUCUCAUAAUCGGCAUCCUCGGCUCGCCACGUCGAGGUCCCCUAACAUCCUCUAAGCAGCUGCGUCGCCGAUACAUUUGGAUUAUGCUGAGGAUGUAAUGGCGCUCUUUUAGCUGCGAGUAUAUCGUUUGUCUUAAUGUUUGCAAUUUGGUGGCAUGAUCUUCACUGCUCAAAACAUCUCGACUUAAUUGACUUCGCUUGAUGUCACGUACUCGCUGAGUCCUGGUUUCUCUUAAUCGGCAUCCUCGGCUCGCCACGUCGAGGUCCCCUAACAUUCUGCGAACAGCUGCGUCGCCGAUACAUUCGGAUUAUACUGAGGAUGUAAUGGCGCUCUUUUAGCUGCGAGUAAAUAGUGCCGUAUAUUAUUUGUCUUAAUGUUUACGAGCAGCUGUGUCGCCGAUACAUUCAGAUUUUGCUAAGGAUGUAAUGGCGGUCUUUUAACUGCGAGUAAAUAGUGCUGUAUAUUGUUUGUCUUAAUGCUAGAAAUUUGGUAGCAUGGUACGCAGUUGACUUUACGGGUGAAUGGUAGUACAUGGGACAGAGACUCGAUCUAUAUCAAGACCAAUUAAAGUAGCCUCAAAAUCGGGACCCACGAUUUCAGAUGUUUUCUGAUCUAACGAUGCGAGCGCUACUUGCGGAACAUGAGGGAACUCCAAUCCUACAUGACCAAAACAUUUCCUAGCGAUUUGUAGCGAAGAAGAUCGAGGGAAAGAAGUAUGAAUGGAAAAAGAGUCGAAGAGGAUCUAAAUAGACUCGAGAAAGGCAUGAAGGUUAUGUUUACGGAUGCAUGAUUCAGGCUAACUGGACAAGGGAGAAUGGAGGCAAUGGAUUUGGAUGGAGAUGCAGUUGUCGAUCUAAGUGUCAACAACAGGAGAGAUUCCCCGACUGUUUUACCGACAUCUACGGAUCCUGGAACUCCGUUAGACCUAGGUGUGCACUUCUCGUCGAGUCCAACUUCGGAUAGCAACAUGCCGGAAGCUAGAAAUAUUCAAAAUGCCACAAGGGGCAUUCUUGCCCCAAAGUCUGGCGAAGACAGAAGAUCACGCCGUAAUCUUAGGCCAAGAACUGAAAGAAGUUAUGCAGAAAGUCCUGAUGAACCGAGAAUCAAUGGCUAUUUAAAUGGAAAUGCAUCUGAUACCGACGAAGGUGAAAUGCCGCCAUUGCUACCAAUUAAGGAAUUGUCUUCUGAUGAACUGGCUGAACGCGAGAGGAUCGUCAGGAAGUUCAGGGAAGAGUUGAGAUCUGAAGAAAUGAAGUUGGUGUUGAUAAAGAAGCUUAAACAAUCGCAACAAUUGAAGGAGAACAUUGCAGCGGUACCGAAAGUUCCCAGCAAGUUACCACCUCCGGUUACGACACAACAAACACCCCAUAGUCACCGUACCGGGAAGGCGCCUCCACCUCUAUUAAGAGGCCAGCCAGCACCAGCUCGAACCAGCAGCAGCAUACACGCACCACCACCGGGUAUGCUGUUGCCACCAACCGCUGGGAGAAACACAACCUCCAGUACAGGGAUUCCUCCGAACAUGGUCAUACCACAGCCACCGCAUCCCCGAAGUCGUCCACCAAGCGGAAGUCCGAGUGUUUCCACCUAUCACACUCCGGCUGAUAGGACGGAAAGAUCCACGAAAGAUCCGACCCCGGCGCCGGCUCAUCAAGUGAGUUUCGACGUAGAACGACCACGGGAGAGCAAUCAGACCUCCGAGCAGCGCGAAUCCGCCGCAAAGCUCGCCCUGAGGAAGCAGCUGGAGAAGACUCUGCUCCAGAUACCGCCACCGAAGCCUCCGCCCCCGGAGAUGCACUUUGUGCCCAAUCCAUCUAACACGGAGUUCAUCUACCUGGUGGGCCUGGAACACGUCGUGGACUUUAUUACGAAAGAGCCGGCCAUACCACCUCCUCCGGAGCCCUUUGAGUGCACCCAGUGCGUAACCGACUUCACUCCGGUCUGGAAAUGGGAGAAGCCUAUUAACAGUGGCAAGAAGGAGGGACCCCGGGGCCAACAUGCCACUUUUCAGAGACCACCGGCAGGUCGCGAUCCUAGAGUAAUAUGCGAGCAUUGUGUCACGACAAACGUCAAAAAGGGACUCAAGGCUGAGCAUACCAAUCGGUUGAAAGCGGCCUUCGUGAAGGCAUUGAAACAAGAGGAAGAGAUCGAGGAGAAGCUGGCUCAGGUGGCGUGUCCAAGUCCUGACCCACCGGCCCCGAAGCCGGUUCCGAAGCUGGCGACUCCUACUAGAAGAAUGGCUACCCCUCCGGCGCCUCCACCCCAGGUGCCCCCUGCACCUGCACCUGCACCUACGCCGCCUGCCCCGAAAUUGCAGGAGCAUCCGCUGGUCAAGUUAGCCGAGAGCGGCAAAUUCAACCCGCACCACGCGGCCGCUGCGGCUGCGUUACAGCAGCAGCUUCUCCGAGAAUUGGCGAAGAACCCGGUGCCGGGUCUCCCGCCGCAUCAGCCGCUGCCGGCGCACAUGAUGCCGCCCUUCAACCCGAUCCUGUACCCGUACCAGCUGGCGAUGGCGCAGGCCGCCGGCGGCAAGGGUCUGGUCGAGCUCCAAAGACAGGCGGCCGACAUGCAGCGCCAGUACCUCCUGGACAUGAUCCCGUCGCAGGCCUCCCAAGGCCAGGGCAACCAGCCGCCCCCUCGGGCCCAUCCGCACAACUGGAAGACGUAACCGCACGGUCCCCGCAGUCGGAA